AUGCACGACGAAAGAAUCCUUGAUAAUGAAGAACUAAUAAAGGAACAAGAUCAAGAAUUUCAAAGACGCUUGAGGGAAAUGAUAUUACAAGAGCCGCUUCCAGUUGAAAUACUAGAACCUUUAUUUCAGCAAAACAAUCAAUUAAUGCCAGAUGAUAUACUAGAACCUUUAUUUCGACAAGAUAAUCAAGCAUUGUUUGAGGAACCAGAAUUAGAACUAGAUUUUGAAGAAAGUGACCUGGAAGUAUCUGAUGAUGUUGAAUCUGAUAACGAAGUUAUAAUAGAAGAUGAAUAUUUCAUUGAAAACAACAUUUCCCGUGAAAGGCUUCAAGAACUACUAGCUAGAGAGCAGGAUGAACUUACUAUUCAAGAAUUGCACGAAAUGCUAGUGUUUAAAGUACCGGCGAGACAUGUCUUCUGUAAAGAUUUUAAUUUUCAACUUAUUGAAAAGAAUGAUAGAAUUAAUCAACCAAUUACGUCUCUAAUUAGUCAGCGAUGUUAUGCAAAGGCGUCUGUAGCAGGUGGAGCAAAAGGUUUGGGAAAGAAACUUGGUGGAAAAGUCGGUGGAGCUGUUGUUGAGAAGAAAGUAAUGCCUGUUGUGACAGAUCCUAAAAGAUUAGUCAAUUAUUGUUGCGGAAGUAAUUAUUUUGUAGAAGGAGAAGAUGUUAAAAUUAAGCCUGAUAAUGAAUAUCCAGAUUGGUUGUGGACAUUACAUACAGGCAAACCAAAAACCCUUGAUGAAUUAGACCCAAAUACAAAGCAGUAUUGGAGGAAGUUAAGAAGUGAUGGACUUAAACGAAAUCUUUUGAUGCUGAAACUUAAGAAAUUUUAAUUCGUUUUUUGAAAAUAAUAAAGUAGCUAAUAAAGUAACAGAUAGGACAUUUAUAAUGUAUCAUACAUAAAAAUUUUGUAUUUUAUUUAUUUAAUUUGGUUUC